AUGCACUCGCUCUCCGGAUUCCUGCAUCGGAAAGAUCAGCCCAGGCUUACGACCAGGUCCCGAAGCGGGCACUGGAUGACCACCACCACCACCACUACGUCAGCGAGGCCGCACGCCUGGCUCCGGACCGUCACUGACUGGUUCGCGGGCUGCUGGGGCACCGCCUGUGGCAGCUGCAGGCACAGCAGAGGCAGGAACCAGGCCGCCGCCGUGGCUGCUGCUGCGGGGGUGGGAGGAGCGCGCCGCCACGAGGACGAGGAGCACGAGCCUCUGCUCGAGUGUCAGAGGAUCGAGGGGGAGGAGUGGUGCCCCUCCAGGCACAACAAGCGGUCCUCUGGCGCCUCGUGGUGCGACUCGGAGAUGGAGGGCUACGUGCCCAGCCGGGCCGCCUUGUCGUACCUGCGGACGACUACUCCGUACGGACAACAGUACUAG